CCUGAUCAGCAGGUUCUGAUCGGCAACCAACGUAAUGCGUGGGCGUGUGGUGUGGUCGACCCGAGAUCGCUCUGCUUUCAUGCUGGAGAACGCACGCAGUAUGGUGAGCUGCUGAAGCAGGGCUGGAAACCGCGCCGUUCCAUUAUGCUAGGCUCAUGGGAUGACGAGGAGUUCGGUCUGCUCGGCAGCACUAAGUUCGCCGAA